AUGGAGGGAGAUAUGGCCAGUCGGUAUCAGAUGAUGGAGGAGCUGGGAAGUGGGAGCUUCGGGACUGUGUACAAGGCUAUUGAAAAAUCUACCGGGGAGAUUGUCGCGAUUAAACAUAUCGACCUCGAAUCGAGCGAAGAUGAUAUUCAGGAAAUACAGCAGGAAAUCUCCGUGCUGGCCACAUGCGCAAGUCCCUACGUGACGCAGUACAAGGCGAGUUUUCUGCGGGGACACAAACUGUGGAUUGUCAUGGAAUACCUGGGCGGAGGAUCUUGUCUUGACUUGCUGAAACCCGGUGUCUUCAGCGAAGCGCAUGUUGCUAUUAUCUGCCAACAGCUGCUACAAGGCAUGGAAUAUCUACACAGUGAAGGCAAAAUUCACCGCGACAUCAAGGCUGCGAAUGUGCUGCUCUCCCACACAGGAAAGGUCAAGUUGGCCGACUUUGGGGUUGCGGCGCAGCUUACCAACAUCAAAUCGCAACGCAAUACCUUUGUCGGAACCCCGUUCUGGAUGGCUCCGGAAGUAAUUCAACAAGCUGGAUACGAUUAUAAAGCGGACAUUUGGUCACUGGGGAUUACUGCGAUCGAGAUGAUCAACGGAGAGCCACCCCAUGCGAGUACACAUCCGAUGAAGGUUCUCUUCCUCAUUCCAAAGGAGCCGGCCCCUCGACUAGAAGGAAACGAAUAUAGCAGCGCUUUCAAGGACUUUAUCGCCCAAUGCUUGACUAAGGACCCGGAGCGGAGACCCAGCGCGAAGGAGCUUUUGAGACAUAAAUUCAUUCGCAAUGCAGGGAAGACCGAGGCGUUGCAGGAACUCAUCCAACGGAAGCAAGAUUGGGAUGCCGGCAAAGGCGUGAGGCAGAACGUCAAAUACUAUGCGGAGUCUCUGAAUACUAUCACGCGGCUGGAAGACGACGACGGAUGGGUCUUCGACACUGUCAAGGCACCUCCCACGUCGAUACCAGAGGAUUCGCACGACCUAGCAUCUGAUCGGGAUACACGGGACCGUUUGUACGACGAAGCCUCGGAGUUGAUGGACAAUCUGCACAUGUCCACUCCACCUGUCCCGCCGAAACAUGCCUCAAACUCGACCGUGCGACGAACUCCAGCAGCUGACAGGAGUCCCUCUGUGCGACGGCCGAAGCGACGAUCAAGUGGUGUAAAGCAGCCCCUGGGCGUCGACUUGACUUUUGGCAACAGCCCGUCGACAGUUCGCCAGUUCCGUCGGGUGUCGACCGGGCCCGACACCUCGUACAGCAACCAGUACCAAAUCGCCGUUGAUGAGAACGCAAGCCCUAAGACAGUGUAUCCGGAUUCGAACAGCAAGGAGGCUCAGCUAGGGCGUCGGGCUUAUAGCAAGGCUGUCGGCCUUGCUUGCCAGGAGGUCCUUGGCACUACUGCAGACCAGGAAAAGAGAGAAGCCAUCUCAAGACUGGCGGAGGCCUGGAGCGACCUGGAGAUGGUCGACCCCGAGGGCCUAUACCAUAUUCUCAAAUCUAUGAAUGAGAAACUUCAGAGUGAUUCGAAACUCGCAACUCUUCUCCCGCAAGCUCCACAACCCGAAUCCCCACAGAGACCACGGCUCGUUUUAGCACAAAACAAUCCACAUCUGAAGAGCCACCGUCGCCGUCAGUCUGCAGCAGCGCCAGACUCCAAUUGGCAGCCGGCGCAGCUGUCUAACCUUCCCGGUCAGCAGGUGCCGGGAAUGGAACACACCAAGCAAUUGUCGGAUGUUCUUUACCAGCGUUGGUCCGACGGCCUUCGUAACCGCUGGCCUGGAAUCUAA